UGGACAUCAUACGACAAAGCAUACAGGACAACGAGAGGGCGAACCUGGCAGCUGGGCAGCUCAGUGUCCAUUAUCGACCUUAUCACCUCGCACACCGCAAUAUCACUCAUUCGUCGAUUCCAUCAUGGAGGAUCAUUCAGGCCAUAAGGGGCAUCACAUGCCAAUGAGCGAUGGCCCAAUGUGCUCGAUGAACAUGCUUUGGAACAGCGAUAUCGAGAAUGUUUGUGUUGUCUUUUCUUCAUGGCAUAUCAAGAGCUCGUUUACGAUGUUCCUAUCAUGCAUGGCCAUCAUCGUCAUCUCCGUGGGCUACGCCUCGUUGAACAAAUACAUCCACUCGUAUGACAAGAUCUUGGCAUACCGUCUCCGACACCAGCAAUCUGCUCAAGGGGGUCAGGGAUCCGAUGCAAGGCCUACAAAUCUGAUCCCCCCUAAUCCCAGCUCUUAUGGUGUCAUUGAUUCGACAGUGUCCAAAAUGAACGGACCGAUGAAAUUGCCAAUGGGCAGUCGGCUGAUACGCGCUGGUCUAUACGCUAUAAGCGUAGCUUUGUCAUUCUGGCUCAUGCUCGUUGCCAUGACCUACAACACGUAUCUUUUCGGAUCCAUCGUCAUCGGCGCUUUUGCUGGACACAUGCUGUAUGAGUCUGAACUCGGCGCGAGCGCACUGCUCGGCUCAGGUUCAAGCAAGGGACUGGCAUGUCACUAGCUUUCUGGAUACGGCAGCGUAUGGAGCCUCGAAUUUGUACAUAGACCGAAUCAUCUCCGUGCAGGAUCGGAACAUAGCAAUCCAUUGUUCAAAGUUGCUGAGCCAGCGUGAUUCAUUCAAGCCUUCUUGACCUUCUUCUUCUUGCCUUCGGCUGGAUCUGGCGUCGAGCUUGAUCUUUUGGCCACACUUGUGUCGGUAUUGACCUUUUUGACGGUCAUAGUCGGUCGAAUCGGACCUCUUGCAGAGCCUUGUUGACAAAAUUCACCAUUCUCCACUUCCCUGGCAACUUCAUCGUCCGGCGAGAUACCUUGCUCAUCCUCAAAUAUCAUUUUGUCUCGCACUUGCCCAGCAUCUUGGAGCAGCCCAAGGAGUCUAAGAGGGGCUU